UCAUCGCCACCCCGUCUCUGCCGUGCAAUUAUCUGAGGUGCAAGCAGCAAACAAGCCAGCGUCAGCGUCUGAGAAAACGAGAAUGUGAGUGGUUACCUUUGCGUUCACCCACCCGUCUAAUAUCCUUCGCCUUUGCAGAUACUGAAUCAGGAUGCCUCCCGGAGACCAGCAGCCCUUGGGCGACCCGCCGCCCGGCUUCCGGUACCGCGUGGUCGAGGUACCGCUGGACCAGGUGCUCGGGGACACGACGAUGUCCACCAUGUCGCCGUAUUCCAGCGAAGGUGGCAUGGCGAGCGGGAUCUCCGGCGGCGACAUCGCUCUCGACGGCUACGACCCGUUGCUGGAAGACAUCAUCCGGCAGCAGCUGUACGAGUCGCAGCAGCCGUUUCCACCUGCCGGGGAAGGUGCUCCUCCAGACCUAGUGGAAGCGUUGCCGCCCAGCCGUGCAGCGGUUGCAGAGGCGGCGCAGGUGGCCUCUCCCGUCAUUUCCGCCGAGGCCGCCAAAGAGGAGGAAGAAAUGAAAGAGAUGAUUCGCGUGAUGCACGAGGAGCAGCAGCCCCUCGCAGGCAUGCUCCUCUCAUUUCUGCCGGCGUUCCUGCUCCUGCUGCUCUUCAUACCGAUCGGCAUAUUCCUCUUCUUCUCUCAAGGAAGCGUGACGGUCGUGGUGUGUCCGUUUCAAUCUUGCGUGGACGACGCGCAGCGCUUCGACACUAUCAUGGAGCACGCGAGUGUGUCGGCCUGCGUGGACUUCUAUGAACACACCUGCGCCUACUGGAGGGAAACGAACCCGGUGCCCGACUACGCCUGGCGCCACUCGUUCCUGGACCACAUGCGCAUGAACAUCGAGGCGGACGUCCACCACGCGCUCAAAGCCCAGAGUCAGAGGCGGGCCAGGUCUAUUACUACAGGUCUCGUUACCACCAUGAUUGACAUCUACAGAGGUUGCAUCAGUAAACAGGACUCGGAGAAGGGCAGGAAGGCGAUGUACGACCUGGACGUCGCCAUGUUCCGUGCCAACUGGUCGCUGGCGCAGGUGCUCUCCGAGCUCGUGCUGCAGUUCGACAUCGACGGCUUCUUCCGGGUGCGCUUCCUCCACUCGGAGUUCUCCUACCCCAGGGGGUACCUGGAGCUCGACUUUCCCAGCCUGGUGAUUCGGCCGGAGAACUUGCUGCAGAGGGGCGCCGUCCUGAAGGACGCCGACAAGCGUCUCCUGUACGAGGCGACCGUCGAGAUGUACGACGCGCUGCGCAUCCACCCGGGCCCCGAACGCAGGACGCGCGCCGAGCGGGUCGUCGACCUGGUCAAGGCCGUGGCAACGAGGAUCCUGAACCUCAAGCCGACGGACGUGGAAAACCCGGUGGCUUACAGGAGGGUGACCGAUUUCAUGGGCAGCAAAGUGAUGGACUGGCACCUGUACUUUUCGGAGGUGACGCAUCGCUCAUUGCAGCGCCUUCCGUUCGUCGUGGUCAAGCUGGUCAACCGCCAUUACCUCCUGGACAUCAACCAGUUCUUCGACUCGCUCUCCGAUCCCUCCGGCGACACCACCCACUUCAUGGACUACCUACGCCUGCUCCUGUUCCUCAACUUUGCCGCCGCCUUGCCCAACCUCUCAAAGGUCACCGAGGCGUACUGGCGAUUCUCGCACGACCUUCGUCAGGAACCCGACAGGUGGCGCCUGUGCCUGUACUUCCUGGACGACAUCUUGCCGCGGUCGCUGUCCUGGUUCUACCACCACUACCACUUGACCCGGCGAGACUCCAAGGAGGGCAACAUGGAGGAGCAUAUGCGCACCGUGACAUCUCUGAAAGAUGUGUUCCAGAUGCUUCUGGCAAACAGCGACGCGGCGCCUUUCAACAUGCGCGUCGACGGCGCGAUCAAGGUGGAAAAGAUGAAGGUCGUGAUGUUCUUUGUGCCGGGCCUUGUGGAAGGUGACGCCAUUCAGAUUCCGCCACCUACGGUUGAUGUCGACACCAGUAACAUCGUGUCCGCGGCGCUUGAAGCGCGUAGGAUCGAAGUGAUGACCUACUACAACUUCAGCAGCUUCGUGGAGAGAGGAAAGCAGUUUGGACCUCCGUACAAGGUGCUUGACCUGAACUGCCGCUACAACUACGGGACCAACACGCUAUACAUUCCCCACGCUCUGUUCCACGGUCCGCUCUACAGGGAGGGAGAAAAAAACCUCGUGUAUCUACCCAAGCUGCUGCAUAUCAUCGGCAUGGGCAUGGGAAAGGCAUUGGAUUCGCGUGGUAUUCACGUCAGCUCCGAACCGGACGACUCCGACUGGCUGUGGGGCGAGUCGCUUCAGCGCUGGGAGAACAACACCGCUUGCUUCCGCACUAUCUACAAUGUGCUCGACCCGAGGACCAGGCGGCAGGUGGACGCCGUCAGAACCUUUCCCGGGAACCUGGUGGACAGUAUGGCGCUGCGAGCGGCCCUAUGGUAUUUCCGCCAUCGGGCCAGGGAGGCCGCUCACCCGAAGCCCGACUUCCAGCUUCCCGAGGGCAGAAAUUUGAGCAGCGACGAGAUAUUCUUCUACUCCUUUGGCGAGUACAUGUGCGAGGUGCUUAAGCCGGCCGCCCACAACAAGGUUAUCGACUUUGGAUACCUGCCGCCAAACCGCGUCAGGCUAAACACCCUGCUGCGUAACACUCCUGAGUUCGCCACAGCCUUCAACUGCCCGUCGACCAGCCAGAUGGUGCUGCCGACGGCAAACUACUGCAUGGCGUUUCCUCCCAAGGAGCAUUACGUCAUCAUGCCCAUCGACCCGUACACCACGCCGAUGCCAACUGUCGGCCCCUAAGCCUACCAACAUAUCGAGUCCCCCCCAUGAACUGUUUUACGCACAUGCAUCUAAACCUCGUAUAUAAUAAGUGAAUCAUACGGGAUAUUAUAUGUAGAUAUCUCAUAGAAAGAAAGAUCUUGUCACAUAGAGACAAUAUAAGUGUACGUUGAUAACUACGAAGCGAUCAAUUUUAUUAUAGGCCUCGCCGUAAACCGAUUGCCGAUUAAUGGUUGGACCUCUCUGUUAAUCCGUUCUAAAUAUAUUGCUAAUCAAUAAAUGAAAGAACAUAGCAUGUACAGAGGAUG